AUGUGGUACAAGUCUGCUUUAAAACACCUUAAGUUGGAUAGAUUAAAGAAAUACGAGUACUGCUUGCCUUAUUUCUAUCAGCCCUUUAAGGAAGAUGUGUUUGAACAGAGCACCGAGGUUCCAAUAAUCUAUCCAGUUGAGCCAAAACCGGUCUUCUGUGAGUUUGAUUGGGAAUUAGACAAACUCGAGGAAUUCACUGAUAAGCUUAUCGAGGCGGAAGAGUUAUCAGCAGACCAAAAGGACGCCUUCAAGGAAUUUGUCAAAGAAAAGGUUCGGGAAGCAAAGAGAGCCAACAGAGAGGCAAGGGAGGCACAGAAGAAAGCCAUCACAGAAAUGAGUGAGGAAGCUAAAGCUGCAUUUGACGCAAUGAGAUUUUACAAGUUCUACCCUGUUCAAUCUCCAGAUGCAUCUCCAGUGUUCGAGUCAGAUUCGGUGCUUAAUAGCUUGAAUAUUUAA